GCCAAAUAUGUAAUCGAGGAUUACAAUCGUUUCGCAUUCCAUCGUUGCCGGAGAAAAAGGAUACUUACACAUUUGUAAAAAACUCACAGGCAAUGUUGCAAUUUCAAAAACGAUAUCGAAAUCCACCGCUUUCGUAUAAUGCCAGCGAGAAUAUCCAUUUUACCAACAGCAGCAAUGGAAAAUGGAUUUCAUGAUAAAUUGGAAAAAAAUAAUUCACCAGCAUUUACAAUAUUACAAAAGGACAAUCUCGAAUCUUCCCUACCAAUUCUCCAGCUGGAUCUGGAUGAUUAUGAUGUUAAUGGUGAUGAUUAUGAUAAUAAUAAUGAUGAUGAUGGUGGUGAUAAUUUUAAAAGAGCUUCCGCAAGGACAAUGACCUUGAGCCAAAAUGUCAAGAAUAACUUCCAGACACGUAGACGAAUUAGCAAAUCAAAUGAUCAUUUGGUAUUGGCUAGUUUGCAAAGUCAUCAAUCAAAUCCAUUGAGAAUACGACAACAGAGCAAGAGUCAUGGUAAUUUACAGAGUGAUGAUAAUAAGGAACCGAGGAAAGCAUCAAUGAUAUUAUCGACUGAGGAUUUUAAUGAGGUGCUUAAUGCGAAAUUGAGGAGAAUACAGGAACAGGAGGAGGGACAAUUGAGCAAGAGAAGUUCGAGGAGGACACAGACCUCCGAGCAAGUGAUACAUCCAAAACCCUUCUUCACAACCGUAAAGACUGGAGAAUUUUUAAUGCCACCACCUGAAGUUGCUGCCCUACUUGGAAUCACGCCAAAUUUUAUUUAUGGAAAUCCAUUUCCCGAGACAAAUGACGAGACUGAUUUUUUUCAUCGAACACGAUUUCGACAUCUUGCGUCGAUUAAUAAAAAACCUGAAGUACGUCACAGUAGUCAUAAUUCACGUUGCCAGGCGGCACUCAAGGCAACUGAGGAUUUCUAUUAUCUUCCAAUGAAUGCUUCUUCAAUAACAACAGCAUCAUCGAUGGACGAGCGUUCCAAACGAAUGAGACGAAACGAUUUUCUAAAUUCUGAUCAUUCUGUUCCUUUUGGGAACAUCAUGUUCGAUCGGCGAGUCGCGCGUGGAAGUAAUUUUGCUUCCGCCACUGGUGACCUGGAUGGCGAAUCGCAAGCAAUGAGAAACGCGGAAAUAAGAAAACGUGAAAUGGCAAGAAGAAAAGCUCGUUCACAGGCGACAAAGGCCCUGCUAAUGCGAAUUGGUUCACCUCCUCCUGUACUGGGCCGAAAACACGAACCAGUACAAACCGAUCUUUAUCUCGAAGAACUUUAUGAAAAACCUGAUGAACUAGAAGUAGCGACGCAAACGGAUCAUUAUGUUGAUCGGCCGGCAACACCAAUUUUUUAUCCGGAAAAAAUUGGACAAGACGCAUGCACACAAAUUGAAGCCGGCGAUUUAUUUGACUAUGACAGUGAGGUUCAACCAAUUCUUGAAGUUCUGGUCGGCAAAACAAUUGAACAGGCUUUAAUGGAAGUUUUGGAGGAGGAAGAAAUUGCGGCAUUAAAAGAACAACAGAGAAGGUUCAUGGAACUUCGCGCCGCUGAAAAGGAGGAGACACAAAGAUUGGAGGAUCAAGACAAACGUAUACGAGAGGAAAAGACUCGCCGUGUAAAAGAACACGAGGAUGCAAUGAGAGUGCAACAAGAGACUGAGGAUCGAGUCGCGGCAUCGGUUCUUCUCACCGGUUAUAUUGCAGAAUUACUUCCGGCCGUUCUUGAAGGCCUUAAAAUGUCCGGAGUUUUAUUAGACGAAAUUAAGGCUGAUGUGGAAGAUGGUUUUAUGCCGUGGUUAAUGAAAGAAGUCAAAAAGGAAGUUGGCUCCAUGAUCGACAGUAGGGAAUUAUUAAUUGAUAUUAUUAAGGAAAUUUUGGAAAAUCGAGCAGAAACUUACAGAAGACUUGGAGAAGAAUACGAUUCAUCGAGAGAGGCAGAAAAAAUAAUUACAAAUAAAGAAAUAGUUUUGGAAAAUAUUUCUAAUCAAUCCCAGGAAUCAUUUAAUACAAAUCAAGAUGAAAAUUAGAAGAAAGAUUCAAUACCUCAGGUGGACAUUUAAUUGGAUUGUGAUUUAAAAAUUAAUUUCAAAAAUUAAUUUACGUUGACCACAAUGAAAAAAAAGGAAUUAUCAUAAAUACAUCAACAGAAAAGGAAAAAUAAAUAAAACGACUGUGUGCAAUAAAUUUCUUGUUGAAAAAGGCUGUUCUUUUUUUUUUAAUUUUAAAAAUGUGUUUAUUAAAUGCAGUGAAUAAAGAAAUAAAAAUUUUA